AGUUGCGUGGAGAUUGUGUUGAUGUCGAGUUCCGUGACUGCUGAUGACAGUAUGGAGGACAUCUUGUCUCAACAGCAGAUGUGAACUAUGCCCCUUUUUUGCAGGAAUUUCGGAACUUUGUUCUACGAGCACUUUCGUGAAACAUGGCUCUCCGGUUGGAACUCGAUUUUGACAAAAAGAAAGAAUCCACUCCGGUGCUUGACCUGACCCGGUUCCGCAUCACGACCCGACAAGAGUUUGACAAAGUGUUUGAAAAGGUUCCGGACUAUAAAAUCAAGCCGGAAAAGGUUCGUUACGAUGAGGUGAAGAUCCAAGAUUCACAUUUCACGUUCGUGCCGCCGCGGACGGAGAUCUUGGCCGGGAAAGAGGCGGCUGGAGGCGGCUGUGCGACGGGGACGCCGGAAUUCCCGUUUGGCAACCCAGUGCCGCCGUCCAUGCGAGCCGUGCGGAUCGAGGACUUGAGUUCAGUGGAUAUCAAUUGGAGAAUGCUCACGUUGGCCAGACCGAAGACGAAGUUGGAAGAAGAUAUUUUCAGCAGGUUUUGCACAAAUGAUUUCCCAGCAGGUGCGACACCUGCGGGACAUCCUUUUUUCAGAACGGUUCGUUACGAUGAGGUGAAGAUCCAAGAUUCACAUUUCACGUUCGUGCCGCCACGGGCGGAGAUCUUGGCCGGGAAAGAGGCGGCUGGAGGCGGCUGUGCGACGGGGACGCCGGAAUUCCCGUUUGGCAACCCAGUGCCGCCGUCCAUGCGAGCCGUGCGGAUCGAGGACUUGAGUUCAGUGGAUAUCAAUUGGAGAAUGCUCACGUUGGCCAGACCGAAGACGAAGUUGGAAGAAGAUAUUUUCAGCAGAUUCGUAGCCCUAGACAAGAUGAAAAGGAAAACCAGACAAGCCGAAGGCGAUCAGGUCCCACCCCUUAAGCAGUUGAUCCAAGGGAAAACCGGGAAAGGGAAAAACGCCAAGAGUGCAGGCAGGGCUGGUGGGGGUGCUGGAGGAGCAGUGCCCGAAACCCGCUUCCCUUCCUGCAAAGACUGCGGGGAAGAACUUUGCAGCGGGGCUUGCAAGGCGAGUCAUUGA